ACUCCACCAAGGAAGAUGACCGCUCUUACCAUCUCAUUCGUUUCCAUCAACAAUCCUCAAAGCAAGCUCGUUCAUGGUUCUUUGAGGUCAGUGGAUCAAUGUCUUUUCAGCACAAAUGCAAAACCCAGUCCGUGUAGAAAGUCACUUGCUAUUCGAGCAGGUAGGGAUGGUGGAAGAGAGGGUAAUGCAGGUCUCUUCAUUGGUGGCUUUAUAUUGGGAGGACUAGUUGCUGGAACAUUGGGCUGUGUGUAUGCUCCCAAGAUUAGCAAGGUACUAGCAGGAGUUGACAGAAAAGAUUUGAUGAAAAAGCUGCCAAAAUUUAUAUAUGAUGAAGAAAAGGCUUUGGAGAAAAACCGCCAAAUGCUGGAAGAUAAGAUUGCGCAGCUCAAUUUUGCCAUAGACGAUGUUUCUGCUCAGCUGCAUGCAACUGAUGCCAGAAGUUAAGAUGCUGUCAGUCCUGUGAAAUUGAAGCUUUUACAUUACAAAAACUAGUUAACUGUGACUUGAACUAGAAAAUAAGGUUCAAUUCCACCUUUUCCUGUAAGAUCUUCAAGUGGAUGAUAGGCUUCUUUCCUUCCCUAAAGACAUUUUACAUUUUUACUUUAUUCAUGAAAACUAGAGAGCAUAUAUUGCUUUUACACUUUGGGGGACAGAGCAGGAUGCAUUUACUGACAGAAAACGAGAGAGCAUACGUCGACCCUUUUCUCACUUGCCAAAGUCAACUCAUGAUGU